CGGAGCGCGGGGGCGGCCCCGGGCCGGCGCUUCCCGUGCCCGCCGGGCAGCGCGCUCCGGGCAUCCCUGACGCGGCCGCCCUCCGCUUCUCUCCGGCAGGAUUCCCGGGAGGAUGGCAUGGAUUUAGGCAGCGACGCCGGCAGCAGCCGCUCCAGCUCGGAAUCCAACUCCAGCAAAGCCACGCCGUGCUCGGAGGGCAAGUCCUCGCCGUCCCCCGGCAGCCUGGACCUGGCGGCGCUGGGCGACUCGGAGGAGGAGGAGGAGGAAGAGGAGGAGGACGGGGGGUCCCCGCCGUGCCCGCCGCCGCUGCCGCCCCGCUCGGACCCCGCGCGGCGGCGGAGCGCCGGGGCGCGGCCCCCCCGGGACCCGCAGCCCCCGGCCAUGGACUGGGCAGCCCUGGAGAGGCACCUGGCCGGGCUGCAGUGCCGCGAGCAGGAGCGCAAGGCGCGGGCCAGCCCCGCCUCGGCCCAGAAGAAUGAGCGCGAGUCCAUCAGGCAGAAGUUGGCCCUGGGCAGUUUCUUCGACGAUGGCCCCGGGCUCUACACCAGCUGCAGCAAGAGCGGCAAGCCCAGCCUGUCCUCCCGGCUACAGAGCGGGAUGAACCUGCAGAUCUGCUUUGUCAACGACAGCGGCAGCGACAAGGACAGCGACGGCGAUGACAGCAAGACAGAGACCAGCCUGGACACGCCCUUGUCACCCAUGAGCAAGCAGAGCUCGUCCUACUCGGACAGAGACACGACGGAGGAGGAGUCGGAGUCCCUGGACGACAUGGAUUUCCUCAGCAGGCAGAAGAAGCUCCAGGCUGAAGCCAAGAUGGCCUUGGCUAUGGCAAAGCCCAUGGCCAAGAUGCAGGUGGAGGUGGAGAAGCAGAACAGGAAGAAGUCGCCGGUAGCAGAUCUCGUAAGUGGGGCCGGGGCGAGCCCAGCCCGGGACAUCCACACUCCGGUGGCUCUGGGUCACAGGGGUGGUGCAGGGGGACAGGAGGGUGGAGAAGGGGUUGGAAGGAGAAAUGGGAGCAGGGAAUGAGGUGCUGGAGGUUGG